AUGGAUGUUAGAACUUUCUUCUUUAUAAUCCUUUCCUCUUUUAUACUUUUAUUAUCAUGUUAUGCUGCAAAACCUUCGUUAGAAACAAAGGUUGCACUACUUAACCAAGCUUCGAGUCAAAACUUGGGUGUAGUCGAACUUGAUUCAAAUUUAUACGAUGAAUUCGUUGCUAAACCUAGAAAUUAUUCUAUGGCUAUAUUACUGACAGCCUUAGAUCCACAAAUUAAUUGUAUACCAUGCAAAGAAUUUGACCCCGAAUUCCGAUUAGUUGCAAGUAGCUGGUUAAAGUCUGGGAACGAACCUUCUCGUUUGUAUUUUGGUGUUUUAGAUUUUAAAAAUGGUCGGGAAAUUUAUACCAAACUUGGUUUGAAUAAUGCUCCUACUUUGUUCUAUUUUUCUCCAUCCACUGGUCCAUAUGCUAAAGAUGUUUCUGAGCCUUAUAAAUAUGAAUUCAACAAAUAUGGUUUUUCUGCUGAAGCAUUCGCGUCUUAUUUAUCGGGCGUUUUGGGUACUCCAGUUCCUGUCAACAGACCUCUUAAUUAUUUCGCUAUAUUAUUGACGGUAUUUUUAAUACUUGGGGCGCUUGCUUUUAUAAAGCUGAUGUAUCCUCUUAUAGAGACAGUUGUACGGAACAAAAACACCUGGGCUGCGAUAUCAUUGGCAAGUGUUUAUGAUUUUUUCGCCAAAACAAUGUGUGAAAAAUUUUAUGUUACGCUACGUGAAAACAAUAAUCAUUUCAAAUUAUGUUGUCCGAAGGACAGAACAGAUAGUGCAAUACCAUAUUGUGCCGUGUAA